UCCAAUCAUGUUAAGACGGUGAUUUUUUUUGAAAUAACCUAUAACUUUAUAUAUUAAUAAUUAGUAGUAACAGUACCUAAUACAAAAUUAAAUUUUGCAUUUAAAUAUAGAAACUAUUAAAAGUUUCAUGUUUUAAAAAUGUUAAAAUGGAUAAACAACCAGAGGUUUUUCACAAGUUAUAAAACCCGAAAGUUUUUAAUAUCGAUUUCGAAUGGUCACCGUUGCCAACACACAGAUGGCACCACUCAUCAAGAAUUGGAUGUUGAAAAUUUAUCACAGGAGGAUAAACGUGUUUUUCUAGAAAAAAUAAAUAUUGCUGAUGAAAUUGAACUAAAAAGAUUAAAACUUACGAACUCUCGUAUUCAGAAGAUAUUAGAAUAUAGAGAAAAAAAUGGUUUAUUCACUUCAACCGACCAACUGGUAUCGCUUAAAGGUUUUCGCCAACAAACAAUUAAUAAAUUGUGCAAAAUAAUUUUAUAUCCAGAAAGUAUUACAAAUUCUAACAAUAUUAAAAUCCGAGGAAAUUUACUUUCCCCCGUUCUAACAAACAUAGAGAAUUUGAAAUCAGCAGUUGGAAUUAGUAUUACUCCUAAUUAUGUAAGCUGGUCAAAAAUAGAAAAAGAAAAUUGCCAUUUAACUGAUUGGGAUAUGUUUAAUAUAAGUUCCACUGCUUCAAAAAAAGUUCAAAUGAAUGAUAUUUUUCUAGUGGCAUGUGAUUUAAUUACUAAAAUACCGUAUGGUGAUGUAUAUAUUUUCGAGGCCGCACAACAAAUGUCUAAUAUGGCACAAAAACAACUAAUGACCAUUUUAGCUCAACAAAAACUAUUUCAAUUAAUAUCAAUGCUUUUGACAUUAUUAAACAUUAACCCUGAUCAUAAUCCAAAUUUCAUGGAACAUAAACAAACAAAAGUACAUUUUCUACGGCCACAAUUGUCUGCUAGACUAUUUAGAACAUUAGUUGGAAGCGAGAGAGUGUCCGGUAAUGAUACAAUUGUUAAUAUUUUGAAUAGAUGUAACGACGAUCGAGUUAAGAAGUUAAAUGUAUUAGAUCAUUUAAAGUCACAGUAUGAAGUUUAUCCCGGUAUAGAAAAAGACAUUUUGGGACAAUCAUUGCUAUUAAAUUUAACUUUUAUGAAUUUAUGCGUUUAUAAAAAUUCACAGACUAUUAGUGCUUUGUUUAAUCGAGUAAAGGGUGAAGAAUAA